CUCCAUAUUCCCACGCCCAAGUGCGUCAUGCACUCGAGCGUAUUUAACCACGGCUGCAUUGCGCAACUGGCUAGUCAGCGGAUCCUCUCUCGUCUGCGAUGACGCGAAUCCCAACCAUGCUCUCCUCUGUUCUGCUCUUCUCCCUCGCCACCAGCGCCACUCCGACUGUCACGCUCGGCAAAACAUCCGUGGUGGGGCGCAGUAUACCGACGUUCGGCCAGGAGUUCUUCGGAGGCAUUCCGUACGCCGAACCGCCGCUUGGCGAUCUCCGGUUCCGGCCUCCGGUUCUGACGACGUCGCUGAAUGGAACAACACUCGAUGCCACACAGUACGGCGCGGCCUGCAUCCAGCCCCCGGGCGGGAACACCCCCGGCAGUGUGCCCAGCAACUUCCCGCUGUCCGAAGACUGUCUGACGAUCAACAUUCUCCGUCCCGCCGGUGUCAACUCCACCUCGAAUCUCCCUGUGAUGUUCUGGACAUACGGUGGAGGGUUCCUUGACGGUGCCUCCGUGAUCUACAACGGCAGCGCCAUCGUCGGGCAGAGCGUCCUUCGAGGCACUCCCGUCAUCUUCGUCAACUUCAACUACCGACUCGGCCCGCUCGGCUUUCCCCAAGGACAGGAGGCGACGGAUCAGGGAGCGCUGAACCUCGGAAUCAAGGACCAGAUCGCUGCGCUCGAGUGGGUGCAGAAAAACAUCGGCAAGUUCGGCGGUGACAAGCGCAAAGUCCUCGCGUUCGGAGAGAGCGCCGGGAGUAUCCUCACGUCGAUCCUGUUCUUGAACAAUCGGGUUGACAAAUUAGCGCGUGCCGCGAUUUUCGAGUCCGGAUCGCAGGCCACGGCGGCGAUCUUCCCCGCGACGCGCCGGGAGAACGUCUGGACCAACUUUGUUGCGGGUGUCCCUUCCUGUGCAUCCCUCGCCGGCUCAAAUUCGACAUUCUCGUGCCUGCGGAAUGCCACCACCCAGGAGCUCAGCAGUGGCCUGCUGGUCUCCUUAGCAAAGUCCGGCGAAGAGUUCCCAUUCGACCCUGUGAUCGACGGUCCCAAGGGCUUGAUUCCCGAUCUGCCGUCGCGUCUUUUGGCGCAGGGCAAGUUUUCCCGGAUUCCUUUCAUCGCUGGAACCAACCUCGACGAGGGCACCGCGUUCACCUCGCAGUCGCUCAACUCCACUGCCGCGGUCAACGCAUCAUUGAUCCCGGGACGCUUGCCGUCGGUGUCGCCGGCAGUUCUCCAAAGUUCCGUUACGGAACUUCUGGAACUGUAUCCCGAUAUUCCUGCACUUGGGUGCCCAUUCGGGACGGGAAAUAACACCUUCGGUUUGAGCAGCCAAUUCAAGCGCGCUGCAGCUAUCGACGGUGAUCUGGACUUCCACUCUCAGCGGCGGCUGUGGAUCGAGGCGGCAGCUAAUGCAGGUUCAACCACUUUUGGGUACCUUUUCACCCAGCCACAGCCAGACGGCCUGCCCCAGCUCGGCGUCACCCACGGAUCCGAGGUCCUCUACGUGUUCGGCGCACCGACGGACACGUCGGCCGCCUCGGUCGCGAUCAGCCGCAUCAUGACCGACUACUGGAUCUCGUUCGCGACGAGCCUGACCCCGAACGACGGGCUCGGGAUCCCUCGCGCGGAGUGGACGCAGUUCACGCCCGCAUCGAAAUCGCUCAUUCAGCUGAACGGGGCGAAUCUGACGAUGAUUCCUGAUACCUACCGCGAGGAGCAAAUCUCCUUUAUCAACUCCAACCCGGUGAUAUGGCAUCACUGAGCUGUUUUAUGUCGUGUUCAACUGUAGUCAAGUCAAUGCAUAUAUAUAUCGCUCCUGUGCUUUAGUAAAGCUCGAGGGACUCGAACCUGCACCGAC